AUGCGUCGUGAUUCAAAUUCUUCAUUUCUUGCCUAUGUCAAUGAUAAACGUCGAACAUCAACAAUUCUUUUGAAACCAAUUUCAUAUCCAAAAUAUCAGCAUCAUCAUCAUCAUCAUCGUCAUCAUCAUCAAAAAGAAAAACAAACAUUUCUUAUUGAUGAAGGAAAACGUCUUAUUCCAAUUCAUUCUAAUCUCGAUUCUAAUUCUAAUUUUCAUCGAAUACAAAUUCAAGAAAUGCGACGAGAAUUAAAACAAGCUCUUGAUAAUAUUCGUUAUAUAGCUGCACAUUGUGCACAUGAAUCAUUAAUUGAAUCUAUACGUGAUGAAUGGAAAUUUAUUGCAACUGUUAUUGAUCGUCUUCAAUUUUUUAUCUUUUUAAAGCUACUGAAAUCCGUUUGA